AUGGAUGGAAUAACUACUAUAACCUACAGGUUUUGUGUCAAUGGGAAUUACACUAAGGAGUUGAAGGCUAAACGUGGGCUGAGGCAGGGUGACCUUAUUUCACCUAUGUUGUUUGUAAUCAUCAUGGAUUACCUGGAUAGGAAGCUGCAGGAUUUGGACAGGAUCCCUAAUUUAAAUUAUCAUUCGAAGUGUGGAAGGCUGAAGAUCACAAAUUUGUGCUUUGUUGAUAACCUUCUUAUGUUUGCAAGAGGUGCUGAGGGGUCUGUUAAUUUGAUGAUGGAGAAGUUUUGGGAGUUCUCCAAGGAAAUAUAG